AUGACAUCGAAUCCACCCGGAAAAUGUUGUACUGUUGGCGUGAGACAUGAAGGUACACCGUCUGGUAAUAUAAUCAAGGUUGCCGAACACUACGACGUAUACCUUGCCACACCACCCGCAGGCAGAGUGCAUGAAGGGGUUGGCGUGCUGUUAAUCCCAGACGUUUUCGGCAUCUGGCAGAAUAAUCAACUGAUAGCAGAUCAAUUUGCAGCGAAUGGUUAUACAACUAUUAUUCCGGAUAUUUUUAACGGCGAUCCGCUAGAUAUUGAUAUCGACCCCGUUGUCCCCGGGGGGUAUGAUGUCAUGGGGUGGCUGGGGAAAGGUCGGAACGGUGCUGGUCCUCAUACCCCUAACGAGGUAGAUCCGGUCGUGGUUGCUGCAAUUAACUACUUGAAGGAUACAGUGGGGGUAAAGAGACUGGCUUCAGUGGGCUACUGUCUCGGAGCCAAGUAUGUUGUUCGCCAUUUCAAGAGCGGCAUUGAUGUUGGCUACUUAGCACAUCCGUCUUUCGUCGAGGAGAAUGAACUUGCUGCCAUUACUGGUCCGCUAUCUAUCGCCGCAGCCGAAACCGAUCCCAUAUUCACUGUUGAUCAGCGUCACAAAACCGAAGUAAUCUUGCGUGAGGCAGGUUACCCGUAUCAGAUUUGCCUCUUUUCGGGUACUUCACACGGCUUUGCAUCUCGACUCGACGCAUCGACGACAGCUCAAAAGUUUGCUAAAGAGCAGGCAUUCGCGCAGGCAGUGCGGUGGUUUGAUGUAUGGCUGCUAGGCUAA